AUGCGGACGUCGUGGAAAGACAUCCCGCCGGUGCCGACGCAGGAGGAGUUUGUCGACAUCAUCCUGUCGUCGACGCAGCGGCGGCUGCCGACCCAGAUCCGUGCGGGCUUCAAGAUCUCGCGUAUCCGGGCGUUCUACACCCGCAAAGUCAAAUUCACGGCCGAGGCCUUUGCCGAGAAGCUGACGUCGAUCAUCACGACGUUCCCGCGUCUGGCCGACCUGCACCCAUUCCACAGCAGCCUGUUCAACGUCCUGUACGAUGCCGACCAUUACAAGAUCGCCCUGUCGCACCUGUCGGGCGCCAAGAACACCAUCGAGACGAUUGCCCGUGACUACGUGCGUUUGCUUAAGUACUCGCAGUCGCUCUACCAGGCCAAGACGCUGAAGCGUGCGGCGCUGGGCCGCAUGUCGACGCUCAUGCGCCGCCUCAAGGACUCGCUGGCCUACCUGGAGGAGGUGCGGCAGCACAUUGGCCGCCUGCCGUCCAUCGACCCCAUGACCCGCACGCUGCUCGUGUUCGGCCUGCCCAACACGGGCAAGUCCAGUUUUGUGCGCAGCGUCUCGCGCUCCGACACCCCUGUCGACUCGUACGCCUUCACGACCAAGAGCUUGUUCUGCGGCCACUUUGACCACGACUACCUGCGGUACCAGGUGAUUGACACGCCCGGUGUCGUCGACAAGCCGCUCGAGGACAUGACCACGAUCGAGAUGCAGUCCAUCUCGGCGCUGGCCCACAUCAACUGCGCCGUGCUCUUCUUCCUGGACCCCUCGGAAAACUGCGGCUACCCGCUGGAGACGCAGUGCGCGCUCUUCAAGAGCCUGGCGCCCAUCUUCGCCCAGCGCUCCGUGUACCUGGUCAGCAACAAGUCGGACAUUCUCCGGCUCAGCGACCUGGACCCGGCGGCCCGUGCCCAGAUCGACGGCCUCGCGCAGGCGUCGCACGUCGUGGGCACGCUGGAGCUGUCAUGCGCGACGGGCGAGGGCGUGACGGAGCUCAAGAAGACGGUGUGCAGCACGCUGAUUGCGGACCGUGUGGCCAAGAAGAUGACGGCGGCACAGGCGUCGGCCGGCAAGGAGGGCACGCGCGGCGAGGCGGUGCUGCGCCGGAUCCACGUGGCGUACCCCAAGGACGCCGAGGGCAACCCGCUGCCGCGCGGCGAGGUUGUGAUCCCCGACGCGAUCAAGGCGCACCGCGCCAGCAAGAGCACGGGGGCGGCGGCGGCGCCGACCGUCAGCCGCGAGAAGCAGCUCGAGGCCGAGCAGGGCGGUGCGGGUGUGUACAACUUUGACAUGCGCCGCGACUACGUCGGCAUCGACCCGGAGCACCAGCACGACCGCAUGCCGGAGAUCAAGAACGGGCAGAACGUGCUGGACUUUUACAGCCCGGACAUUGUCGAGAAGCUGGCGGCGCUCCAGGCCGAGGAGGCCAAGCUGAUUGAGGAGGGCUUCUACGACUCGGACGAGGGCGAGGGCGACGACGACGACGAAAACUUUAGCGACGAGGAGGAUGUCCUGGCCAAGGCGGCCAUCAUCCGCGAGAAGCUGGCGCUGAUCCGCAACGAUUCGAAGCUGCGCAAGCGGUCGCUCAAGAACAGCGCGUUCCUGCCGCGCUCGGCUCUGUCGCGGGCGGCGGACCACAAGAACGCGGUGCGCGGCCGCGACGGUGGCGCCGACGACGACAACGACGACGACGACGAGAUGAUGGACGUCGACGCCGACGAGGCCAUGGACGAGAAGGUGAUGCAGGCCGUCAAGACAGCCAAGCUCAAGAAGUUGGGCCAGAAGACGAUGAACCGGCAUGCCCGGCAGGGCGAGGCCGACCGGCACAUUGCGCCGUCGCUCACAAAGCAUUUGCUGGUUGGCAAGCGUGGCAUGGGCAAGACGAACCGUCGUUGA